AUGAAUUGUUCAAUUAGAAAUCAGUUAUUCUUCAUCUGCUUAUAUCUAUCUAUUAAUCAAAUUACUAGAACAUUUCAUCACGUCGCAUAUGAUUUAUCAACGAACAGAUCAACCGAUCAGUCAAUCGACAACAUAAAGUUGGAUGAAAUUUGGUUUAUAUGGAAAACAAAAUUUAAUAAAAGUUAUGAUAGAAAAGUUCAAAAGAAGAGAAAAACUAGAGGACAAAAUAAAGAAGGCAUACUAGUAGAAUGGAAUAGCGAAACAGAGGAAGACUAUCGUCGUGAAAUAUGGAAUUCUAAUAUUCAUCGCAUACUUUUGCAUAACCUACGUUAUGACCUUGGUCUUGUCACCUACACAUUAGGGUUAAAUCAAUUUAGUGAUUUAACUUGGACAGAAUUCUCUCUGAUUCAUUUACCAGCAUUAAUGCCUAAAAAUAUGCAUAAAUCGAUUAAUUCAUUAAAGUUAAUAAAACCUAUGAAUAAAACUAACUACCGAUAUGCACCAGAUAGUUUCAAUUGGAAGGAUAAAGGAGUUGUAACUGAUGUUAAAAAUCAAGGAGACUGUGGUUGUGGUUGGGCGUUUGCAUCAGUCGGAGCAUUAGAAGGACAAAUGAAUCGUGCCUCAAUUCCAGUUCAAAGCUUAUCUGCUCAGCAACUUAUUGACUGCAGUAUGGAUUAUGGAAAUUUCGGUUGUAUAGCUGGGCUAAUGACUUAUGCAUAUGAUUAUAUAUCGGAUAAUGGCAUUGAAAGUGAAAGGAAUUAUCCUUUUGUAGGUGAGGAAUUACCGUGUCAACAUAUUGGGAAUAGUUCAGUAAUACGGUCAAGAUCAUAUUUUAUUAUCCCAGAAGGUGAAGAAAUAACGUUGAAAUAUAGUUUAUAUGAUCGUGGUCCAUUUGCUGGGGCUAUAAGCUUCGCACCUGACUUUAUUUUUUACAAAAAAGGCGUAUACCAAUCAGACGAUUGCUCAUCAGUCGAUGUUAUGCAUGGUAUUUUAAUCAUUGGUUACGGUUAUGAAGAUAAAGAAGAAUACUGGCUAUUAAAAAAUAGUUGGGGUAAAUCAUGGGGUGAAAAUGGUUAUGCUAAAAUUAAGCGUAAUGAUCAUAAUAUGUGCGGUAUAGCGACAAUGGCGAUUAUUCCAACACUUUAA